AUGUAUCAACGCGCAAAAGAUCAAAAUGACCCGUUUAGGACUGGAUUGCCUCCGAACACGUUGAGCCCUGUCAAUGUUGAAAAUCCACCUUUAUGUAAAAAGGCUGUAGCUCCUCAACUUGUUGGAGGUGAUGCAGAAAAGAAAGGGAAACAAAGGAACUUAAUGAAGAAUGUGGUUGUAUGGUUUGCUACCUUUUUCGUUGAUUGA